UGUUUAGGUUAGGUAAAAUGGCGAAUUUUCUACUUCCGCCUUUACGUUGCUAUCUAGAGUGUCAAGAACGACGCAAACAUGCAGUUAUACGUCCGCGGACAAGAAACUCGAGUAUUCGAGUGUCAGGAUGAUGAAACCGUCGCACAAAUUAAGGCAAGAAUAUUAGCCUUCACAAAUUUGGAAUCUGGAUCAAUUUCACUUUGUUGCGGUGGAGCCACAUUGGCUGACGAUGUUAUUGUUGGAGAUCUUCAAUUUGACACACUCGAUUUCAAUGUUGUACUUCUUGGAGGUAAGGUUCACGGAUCUUUGGCUCGUGCUGGUAAAGUCAAGGGACAAACACCCAAGGUAGAAAAACAGGAGAAAAGUAAGAAGAAAACUGGACGAGCAAAAAGGCGCAUUCAGUAUAAUCGAAGAUUUGUAAAUGUAGUACAAACAUACGGUCGCCGACGUGGACCAAAUGCCAAUCCUAAUUCAUAAAUUAAUUAAUUUUUUACUGCUUCUCGUAUGUGUAAUAUUAAUAAGCUACUAUAAAUAUUGUGUUAUGUAUAAUAUUUGAUAAUACACAUUGCGUCAAGCAGAAAGAA